AUGUUCCAACUCUCACCGAAGUUCCGCGAUGACACGAUCACCCUAAGCAAAGCCCCGCGAGAGCCGCGAGGCAAGAACAAGAAAAAGCACGUUACUGAAGCAUACCUCGGAGUCGGCGCCGAUAACGAAGAGACUGAACCGACUAUAAACCGCGAGAUGCACAAGAUUUCGAAUGUGAGCGCGGUGAACCGUAUGCCUUCAGACACCGAGGUCACCACGGACUUCCGAGCCCACUUGGGCAAGGAAGGCAAGUUAUUCUCGGUCGCGGUCGAAGUCGACGAGUACGAGCCACCGAGCCCCACAUUCGAAGAACUCUUACCAGAGCCCAAAUCAAGACCACGGGUACUAGUACCUCGUCCGGCAGCGCCGACAAUAACCGAGAAGACCCAAGAAGAUACAGCAGUCCUGCUGGCUGCGGUGAAGCACAACCAGCUGUAUUUUGAAUGGAAGAUCCAGGAGACGGCAGACCCGUCGGACCUGCUAGUACCUUAUAGGUACGGCUUAAGGUUCUACUGCCUCAAGUACCCAGACCCAGACUGCCGUUCGGUCAACACGGUCCGACCAGCUACCGUGUUCGAGACAAAGACCACCGAGCCACCAAAACAACCAUUUCCCGUAGAGCGACGAGUGGUCCGCCUGAACACCACAGACGUCCUAGGGCCUGAGGAAGUGGACGACUGGUUCAAGCACAGAGGGUUCCCAGCGGUUGGACUACUGGCGACGACCGAGGAGCAGAGGGACAAGGACAUCCCACCGAUCGACCUCAUACAUCACCGGGUGCGACUCAAAGAGGGAACCCCGGUGCACAGUACAAAGCAGCGCAGAUACGCCGGCCAGAAGGAGUACUGGCUUCGCCGUAUUAUCCAGGACGGGAUCGAUGCUGGCAUGUACGAGAAAACGUUCUAUGCGAACGGCAAGCUAUCCGAAUGGAAUACGGCACCAAUGAUCGUACCGCGAGAGGGACAGGAGCAGCCUCGGUUGGUCUUUGACUACUAUUGGGUAUACGAAGACCAACCAGGCAACUGGAUGCAUAAUCAGGAAGCAGUGCAUAACUUCUUGUCAAAUCCCUCUUACAAGUUGUACUUUCAAUUCGACAUCAAGCAUGCCUAUUGGUCGGUUCCCAUACACCCGGACGAUCGGUACCUGCUGGCGUUCUCGGUACUAGGAAUGGGUCAAUAUCAACUAACGAGAAUGCUACAGGGCGAACGGUCGGCGUCGUUCACUAUGACCGAGCUGAUGCACAUCGCAUUGGGAGCAAUACUACCGCUAGACCCAGAACCCUCACUAAUGUACGGCGGCGAACGACCAGACGUACAGCAUUGUUCCGUAUUUAUAGAUAAUGGCUUCGGCGCAAUAGGAGAUAGCAUUCCCGACGACCGCGUCUUUAUUGAAGGAUACGACUACCUCAAGAAGCUCCGGAUGCUCAACAUCCGUUUCGAAUGGAUUGCUGGAAAAAAGAACGCAGCAGCCGACGGCCUCAGCCGAACGAUUUUCGAGUUCGACGAGGACGAGUCGAUAAAAGAGACGCCGAUGAUCAGAGAUCUCGCCAAUAAGGUUACCGUACAUCCACUAGGCGAUGAGUGGUAUUGGAAGACUAGUAAGGGUAGCUACCAAGACAAGCUAAAACAACUUACAGCGAAGAUGGUAAGAACUUACCAAGCACAUAGUGUUGACACCGUGCUCUCUAUUGGCUUCACUGACGAGGGUCCGUACCCAUUGGGAUGGACCAGCUUCUCCGUUACGACGACAAGCCAGCCGAUGAAGAACACCGAACUUGAGAGAUCCUUAUGGUACGGUGACAUGUACCGAUAUUGCACCACAGGAGAGCUCCCACCAGUGGACGCAGCCAAACGAGCGGCAUUCAAGAGGCAAUCAAUGCAUUACCGCUAUAACGAAAGGAACGGUCGACUGUUGUACCAGAGGACCAAAACCUCUAAGUGGGCAGUGUGCCUCCUCCCAAGGGAGGUGGGUCCGCUGCUACAGCAGGUCCACGACGACAAGGGCCACUUUCAUGCCGACAUCACCAUCAAGAAAUUGUCAGGAGUCUACUGGCCAAACAUCGCCAGUAACGUCCGAGAGUACAUCCUUGGGUGCAUCCAGUGCGCGAGGUAUACCAACCGCACCAGGUCACAACCGCAGCAACCGAUCGAGGUAAUGGGACCGUGGCAGUUGUUUGGGAUGGACUGGAUUGGUCUAUUCCCGGAGACUGCCCGGGGAAACAGGUACGUACUACACCUUAUCGAUUAUUUCGACCGCAUGUCCUUUACCUCUGCAGCACCAGGUUGCUCCGCGAGGGAUACCGUAGAUGGACUGGCGGCAUAUAUUGCCUACUACCCGACCCCAGCGGCGAUCUUCUGCGAUCCGGGCAAGCACUACGUCGCGAAGGAAACUAGACAGUUCUGCAAGCUGAAUGGCAUCUACCUCGCGUACGCACUAUCGGGAGCGUCGAGGCCAGUGGGGAUGGUCGAGAAGGCUAAUAACAUCCUUCAGAAGACUAUGAUGAAGUCGGUAGCCAUAUUGAUGGAAGCCGACUUGAGAGGAUUCGUUGAGUCCUAUCCAAAUUGGGACCUCGAUCUGGACAAGCAGAUUGCCUUCGGGUACAAGCCGUCGGAUAUGCAACCGACAGAGUGGGCGUUGCCAACACCUUCCAAACAAGACCUCCUCGAUUGGUUCACCGCACCAGACUUUGACAUUCCGCGCGAUUCCGAAAUGGCACUACUGGUGUAUACGUUUAUGGCUAGGAGGCAAGGAGUCCUGGAGGACGUCCAAGAGCGAGAUAACACUCGGCGCGACCGGCAGAAGACCCGGUACGACGCCGGUACGCCCGAGCAAAACAACAUCUCGUACCUACAAGUACCCGAGACUGCGGGCCCCUUCUACGAUCCUACCAAGCCGCAGAUCCUCCGUGGAGAGUACCUCGGCCUGUACGAAGCGCUACGAGACAAAAAGAUACUGGUGCCUUUCUUCGGAGUCGGCAAGUCGGUGAUCAAAGAUAGCCAGGGCCAGUACACCGUAGGCCACACUAUGGAAAUCUCGGCGCAGGCCAAAGCAGAGCUCGCAUUCCGCGAGGAAGCACAUCUUUACCUAUGCAACGCGGAGCUUAUCGUCGGAUCCAAGAUGCUAGCCUACCGUUUUGACGGCGGUCAAAUGAGCCGGCAGGACCGAGCAAAGCACUUUGUUCAGUACACCGAACUAGUGUACGACGAGAAGCCGCCACUAGGAGCCAUUGCACCGUUUCACCUGCUACAACUGCUCAUCGCCUAUCCGAAGGCCGGCAUUACCGGGUACGAUUUUUCGGACGGAUGGAAGCUAAAAGGCGGGCAACUCGAUUCCCAAUUCCCGGAGACGGGGUUGGACAUGCUCAUCUUCGAUGUCGAGGCGUAG